UUCUACAACCAGGUCGCUAUGGAAAUAAAGUGACAACAUCCAACUCAGCACUGCUCUCUGUCACAUCAUCUUCCUGAAGGCACAACAACAACAAGUGCCUCGAGACAAUCCAUGAGAGAAAGAGUGCAAGAUACUAAGGCUUGUCAAUAUGACACAUCUCUUAGGACGUCAGGACUGCGUUGAAAGUCUCCGGAGAGAUUUAAUAGAUCUUCAAGGUGCUGUUCUCGAUGUCUUCUCUCGGACAGGCCCAGUUCGAUUCCCCUCCUGGAAGUUCCCAGAUAAGCUUUCUUGCAAUCUGGACCUGGUGUCGCUAUUGGAACAAUACGACUUUGUUGAUGGGGAAGAGGAAUUCAAUCAGCAUUCACAUAUUGUUUUGCUGGAGUUGGUGAUUGACAGAUUGCUGCUCCUGCUGCAAAGUUUCAAUGCCCAUGCAGAGCAGUUGAAGUUAGGACAGAAGAGAGAACACAUUCAGCAAAAAGGUCCAUGUGUAUCAAUUGGCCUUGUAGUCAGACACUAUUGGAAUAACUUGAUCCAGGUUGGCAACCUGAGGGCGUGCAUGAAGCAAGAUAUUCAAGAAGUGAUCAAAACUCCAAAAUGUGAGGAAAAUACAACUUUUUCUUCAGAAUCCUCACUUCUGAACACAAAAAGUGAUCUUUGUCCACAGUCUCCAUCAAUAGUGUCUCAGCACUGUACCUCAAGAACAGCGGCAAGCACUCCAUUGUGUCUUCCACAGAAAAUAUUAAAUGGCUCCCUCUCCUGCCCCACUCACAGAACAGCAAGCAGCAUCCCCUCCUGCCUUCCCCUUAUAUCCACGGACACUCGUAAUGUAAGUUGCCAGACAGUAGUGUCAUCCCUUGUCCCCUGUGAUGCCUGUGCUCAGGUCCAGUCCAGUUUGAGGGAGACUGGUGAUGCUCUUGUGGAGCUGUGUCGGAGUGAGGGCCUUCCCUCCUCUCUGCAGCGCCUUCUGGUGGCUGUGGAUGACACCCUGGAGCAGGGCCGUCUGACUGCAGGAGAUGUGUCCCAGUGGUCCAUAGAGCAGCGCAGGGACAUGGGCCGGGUGGGUAAGCAUCUGCUGGAGGUGCGGUCCACAGUGCAGCCUCUCAGAAACAGCCUUCAGGCAGCGGAAAGGGAACGGGAGGAGUUCAGGGCUCAGCUGGGUAGAGCACAAGAGGAACUGAAGCGUGAAAGGGCAACACACCAAGCCGGCAAAAAACAGCUGGAGCAAAAACUGCAGGAGGCCCAGGUAUCCAGGGAGGAGACAGAGAGGAGACUGCAGGAAGAACAUGAGGAGCUAAGGAAAGGCACCGUGUCCCUGGAGGAUAGCAACUCCAAACUGAAGGCAGGGAUUAGUUUGCAAAAAGAAAGGUUACACAAACUUGGUAAGGACAUACACCCCCACCCCAUGUCUGAUGUUUUAGGAGCAGAAGGAGAGAGCCCAAGUUAUCUAAUUGUUGUGAACAGAAAAACUGCGAAACAUUGUCCUUUCUUUGUCAGAGUGUGAGAGAGAUG